ACGUCACCCGUGCGCGUCCCCGCGAACACGGCUUCAAUCUGCAGCAAGCCUUCAAUCCACCGCACAACACCGGAAGUCGUCAGAACUCGUCGCUGUUCACGUUCUCACAGCGCGAAAACUUUCAUGUCUGCAACAGAACAGCACUCGGAAAGCAAACAUGUCAAAGAUAGACAAGAUGAGCAUCUUAGGGGUGAGGAGUUUUGGGAUAGAGGAUAAGGACAAACAAGUCAUUUCUUUCUUCACUCCACUGACUGUGCUUGUUGGACCCAAUGGAGCAGGGAAAACGACUAUUAUUGAGUGCCUUAAGUAUGCAACAGCAGGAGACCUUCCACCUGGAUCUAAAGGAGCUGCAUUUGUUCAUGAUCCAAAGGACGCCCAUGAGACAGAUGUGCGAGCACAGAUCCGUCUGUUAUUCUCAGACGUCAACGGAGAGAAAGUGAGUAUCCAUCGCUCCAUGUCCUGCACUCAGAAGGCAAAGAACUACACCUUUAAAAGCUUGGAGCAAGUCAUUACCCGAAUAAAAGAUGGUGAGAAGGUGAGCUUGUCAUCAAAGUGUGGCGAACUGGAUCGGGAGAUGAUUUCUUCACUGGGAGUGUCAAAGCCUGUGCUGAAUAAUGUCAUCUUUUGUCACCAAGAAGAGUCCAACUGGCCUCUUUCCGAGGGCAAAGCACUCAAAGACAAGUUUGACUCCAUCUUCGCUGCAACCAAGUACAUCAAAGCUCUGGAUACAAUGCGUCUGUUGCGUCUAAAACAAACUCAGACAGUGAAGGAGUGUCAGGUGGAGCUGCGCUACCUGAAGCAGAACAAGGAGAAAGCCCAGCAGAUAAGAGACACCAUGGCUUCCAAAGAGGCACAGCUGAUGGCCUCUAAAGACAACAUCCAGAAAGUAGAUGGCCAGAUUGAUCCCCUGGAGAAUCUACUGACAGAUAUUGAAAUGAAACUGGGGAAAGUGAUGAAGCUGGACAAUGAGAUCCAGGCUUUAGACAGCAGGAAGAAACAGAUGGAGGAGGACAACAAGGAGCUGGAGGAAACCAUGGAACAGGUUUUCCAGGGUUCAGACGAGCAGCUGCAGGAGAAUUACCAGAACCACCAGAGGACGGUGAAGGACAAGGAGCGCAGGCUGACAGAUUGCCAGAAGGAGCUGGAGAGAGCUGUUCGAGAGUGUCAGAGACUCAACAGGGCGAAGGCUGACCUCCUGGUAGAACAAGGUCGUCUACAACUAGAGUCGGAUCGCCAAAAUAAAAACAUCAAGAACCGAGACACUCAGGUUCGCUCUUUGUCUUCCUCUCUGGAGAUGGAGGGAUACGACAGGCCUCCCUUCACCAGUCUUCAACUUGAAAGCUUUAAUCGUCACGUCACACUGAGACUGGAUCAGGAGAAAGAGACGGUCAAUCAGGUUAUGGCGGACCUGCAGGAAAAGGAGCAGCAGAAGCAGCAGUCCAUUGAUGACAUGAGAGAUAAGAAGACCGGUCUGGAGAGAACAGUGGAGUUGAAGAGAGACAGCCAGGCAAAAAAGCAAAACGAACUGAGGAACGUUCGGACAGAGUUGCAGAGGCUUGAGGGUUCGUCCAGCCGGCUGCAAGAACUGGAGAAUGAACUGGCUAAAGUGGAGCGAGAGCUGGAGAGCGUGGUUCAGAGCUCCAACGUGGAGGAGCUGAAGGCCGAGGUCGUGGAGCUCCAGAGAGAGAAGGCUGAACUCGACCGCGUACAGAGACAACUCGACCAAGAGAUGGGGAUGCUCAACACACACACCACCGCUCGCACGCAGAUGGAUAUGCUGACAAAGGACAAGACAGAGAAGGAGGAGCAGGUCCGUAAGAUCAAGUCUCGUCACAGUGAGGAACUGGUGUCAUUGCUGGGCCACUUUCCCAACAAGAGAGAGCUGGAGGACUGGAUCUAUUCCAAGUCGAAAGAAAUCAACAGUACCCGGGACCGACUUGCCAAAUUCAAUAAGGACCUGGCAUCAAGUGAGCAGAAUAAAAGCCACGUCGCUGCUGAGGUACGGAAGAAGGAGCAGCAGUUGGCCAGUGACGAAGAGAAGUUCUUCAACGUGUGUGGCAGUCAAGAUCUGGAGCAGGACCUGGGCAAACUGCGGGAAGAUCUGGAUAAGAUCUCCAAACAAAGAGCCAUGCUAGCCGGAGCCACAGCAGUGUACACGCAGUUCAUCAGCCAGCUGACAGAGGAGAGAGAGCCCUGCUGCCCUGUGUGUCAGAGGACGUUCCCUUCAGACUCUGAUCUGCAGGAAGUCAUCAGCGACAUGCAGUCCAAGCUGCGCCUGGUGCCAGACAAGCUGAAGAACACAGAGACGGAUCUGAAGAGGAAGGAGAGGAAGAGAGAGGAGAUGAUGGCUCUCAGACCUGUCAGGCAGUCCAUUGUGCAGUUUCAGGAAAAGGAUUUGCCAGAGUUGAGAAACCGCCUGCAGACUGUGAAUAGAGACAUCGAGCGGCUGAAGGGAGACGUGGAGGAGCAGGAGACUCUGCUUGGUAUCCUCAUGUCAGAGGAGGAAACCGCCAAGGCCUGCCUGCAGGACAUUUCUCUGAUGGACAGAUACCUGAUGGACCUUAAAGAGUUGGAGAGGAAAAUCGCUCAGCAGUCAACCAAACUCCAGGGAGUAGACCUGACCAGAACCAUCCAGCAAGUCAGUCAGGAGAAGCAAGAAACUCAGCACAAGCUAGACACAACAUCCAGCAAGAUGGAGCUGAAACGUAAGCUGAUCCAGGACCAGCAGGAUCAGAUUCAGAUGCUGAAGAGUUCCGUGAACGAGACGAGGGCAGAGAAACUCCAGCUGAGCAGCGACAUGCAGAAACAGCAGCAGCUGGAGGAGCAGUGUGUCGAGUGCACCACGGAAAUACAGACCCUAACCCGGGACAUCAGGGAAGCCAAGGAGCAGCUGUCCCCUCUGUCCGCCUCUCUGGAGAAGCUGCAGCAGGAGAAGCUGGAGCUGGUGGAGCGCAGGAGGCAGAGGCAGGAAGAGGGUCAUGAGAAGAUCAAUGGCAUUAAAGAAAAAGCAAAGUCAAUCAGCAACUUGGAGAAAGACAUCAAGAAAUAUGUGGAAGACGGCAAAGAGGAAUACAAAGUGCAAAAAGACUUUGAGCUUCAAGAAACCAACACUCAGCUCCACGAGGCUGAGAAGCAUAAAGAGAAGAUCACCAAGGAGAUGGGGAACAUCCGUCAGGACAUAGACACUCAAAAGGUCCAGGAGCGCUGGCUGCAGGACAACCUGACCUUGAGAAAGCGUGUGGAGGAGUUAAAGGAGGUUGUGGCCAAACGUGAGGUUCUUUUGAAAGACAUAGGCAACAUGCAAGUCCUGCAGCUCCGCCAAGAGCGCCGUGAUGCCGAUCGCAAGUUGGAAGAGUUGAAGAAGAACCGCAGUAUGGCAGUGGGUCGUCAGAAAGGCUUCGAGGAGGAGAUACUUCAUCACAGAAAAGAGCUGCGAGAAGAUCAAUAUAACAAAGCUGAUGAGCGCUACAAAAACAAGAUCAUCAAAAUGAGGACAACAGAGCUGGUCAUUAAAGAUCUGAAUCUCUACUACAAGGCCCUGGACCUCAUAUAUACGAGUCUGGCAGAAACACUAACUGAGGAUGAAAGGCCAGUGUGAGCCUCAGUGAGGAAGCCUGCGCUCUCAGGCUCAGAUACCAUCUGAGGAGAGCGCGGAGCAUCAUUUACCAGUAUGUGUGGGUUAAGACAUCAGUGUGUGUGUCACAGUUUCUAUCUGAUUACUCAGAAAAAUAUUUCAUGGUGAGAUGCUUUGAUUUGGGUGAGGAAAAUGGAAAUAUGAAACUCACUUUGCAACUAAUUGUUGUGUCAGCAUAAGAGGUUGAGACCAUGAAGCGAUGAUGUUACAGGUCCCUAAAUCUCUGCUGUGAAAUCUCUUUCUGUCAGAACUGAAAAUGUGACUGUCUGUUUAUUUAUCAACAUUGCCUUUUUAAAAACCUGUAUCUAUUUGUACCUGCUGUCUCAAGUAGUUUAUGAACAGCAGCAGCAGGUGGACAACAUUCAAUUGUAGAAUAUUAUGUAAUGUUAUAUAUAAUUAUAGCUGUCCCCCACAUUUUCAACUAAAUACUUUCCCUGCUGUUUAUGCUUCUCUAGCCCACAGCUGUCUUGUAUGUCAUUUAAAACUUAAAUAUAUGCUUUAUUAGAGUAAUUUCAGCGGGAACAUUUUAGUUUGAUUCAUCAAGGGCACAGCCUUCUAUGGUUUCAAUAUGAAACAGCAUCCAUGAAGCUACAAAUACUAUAACAUGAAUCUGAGCUCCUGAUUACUAAGCUGCAAGUCCUUUACGUUCACAUUAUAAAGUAACUACAAGAAAUGUGGGUGCAUGUAUGUGUUUGGCAGUGUCCUGUAUACAGACAUCGUGUUGUUUUGAACUACGUCCCUACAUUAGCUCAGAAAGGAAACGUGGUUUAAAGAAAAACAGCAUAUGUUUUACUGAACAGACUCAGAAAGAAGCACACUUGAUUCGAUGAACUCAGAAUUCUGAUGCGUUGUAUUAACUUCUGAUACACUUUGGGAAUGUGUUUACAGAAAGCAGCAGAGUUUUUAUGCCCCACAUGUCUUACAUUGGAAGUGUGUUUGGACGGGUUCUUUUAACAGUAAGAAUAGGCAAAUGAUUACAUUUGAUUUGAUCCUUAUUCAAUAUUCUGAAACAAUAUACCAUGAACAGUGCGUUAAGCCUUAUUCACAAGUGAAAUGUUGUGGUGUUAUGAACUGGUGCCGUCAACGUUUACAUGUUUACCCCGCUAAUUAUUCAAAUGUCCAAGUGUGUCCCAGCUUCCUCGAGUCAUUACAGUGCGGAUGUUUACAAUGAGUUGCGUGGCAGUUCACUUGAGGUGUGAUGAAAAUGGAGGAAAGGCGUUUUGCUAAAGCAGACGGCUAGCCAUUUUCCCGAAGUUGGACAGGAGUGGGGGAUAGGGGAUAAGCUCACAAUUGUCGGAAAAGAAAGGGCUUAGAAUAAGAUAGCGGCAGAGCUGCCCUGAUGGGGGAGUCACAGCAGCUCUUGAGGCGGCAGCUUUGUCGAUGCUUUAGCUAAGUGUCGGAAAUCUUUGAAAUUCUUUUUCUGUAAUUCAGAAAUCAUGUUAAAAAAAAACCUUGGAUUUGUAUUACCAGUGUGUCAUGUCACAAGCUGUGUGUUUUAUCUCUCCCCAAUAUACAAGAAAGUACUAGUAUAAUAAACUUUGAUCAUGAUUAAUCUCUGCUUAUUAUUAUUAUUGAGACUUGAAGAGACCCUUUUUUUGUCUCUUGCAAGUAAAAUACACUUGCAAAAAGAAGUCAUGCCCAAUGACUUCCUUCUGCUGCUUACACGUCUAAAAACAAGAUACACCAGGCCACAUGGAUUGAUAACGACUGCACUACUUCCUCUCUCUUUUCUUCCUUGCUUCACGGUUUUUCAAUUUAUCCACCAUAUAUGGGCUUCAGAAAUAGCAGUGAUAUAAUGUCAUCACUUGCUUUCAGACCACAUAGGAGUUUCAGGUGAAAUUGCUAGAUUAUUUCUUGGUAUGCCGGAAAGCAGCAUCCCGUUGGCUGCCGUCAAAUCUUUUACAUCUACUUGUACAACAGUAUUUCUCAUGUAUCAAUAUUAGUUGAAUUUAGUCUUUGGAAAAAUGCUGUCGCUAUCAUUUGGUUUACCAAACGAUCGUCAAAUAGUGAGCAGUCACUGGUGUUUACUGUUGGAAUGGAGUCCUUUUAUUAUCUGCGUUGUGUGCAAAGCAGGGGUUGUCAUUGUGCAGCAUUUUUAGACUGUUAAAAUAUAUUAUACUGUUUGGUAUUUAUAAAUCUCAAUCACAAACCAGAUUCUGUCUUGAGUUUUUGUCAAGAACACCGUCUAGUGGGGAGGGUAAAAUAUCUUGUCUGCUUCUG